AUGAAGAUCCCCGUUCUUCCCGUGGCCGUUCUUCUCUCUGUCCUGGCACUCCACUCUGCUCAGGGGGCGGCGCUGGCCAGCUCUGAGGAAGAAACCACCGUUGGUAAUUAUGCAGCAGGACCCGAGGCCUUUAAUGCCCAGUUCCUGAACAUUGACAAGUUGCGAUCAGCUUUCAAGAACGAUGAAUUCCUGAACUGGCACGCUCUCUUUGAGUCUAUCAAAAGGAAACUUCCUUUCCUCAACUGGGAUGCCUUUCCUAAGCUGAAAGGACUGAGGAGUGCAACUCCUGAUGCCCAGUGA